AUGGAAUACAGUUUUAUCCGCCUCUGUUGCAGUUCGGUUUUGUUGCAUCGGAAUAUUUUUCCUUUUCUUUUAAUACCAGAAGGCAGACAUUUUGCUUUUCAUUUGUUUUUGGUUGCAUCCGGAAUAUUUUUCCUUUUCUUUUAUCCUUGUUCUCUUUUUUACUUUUCAAUUUUUCAUUUUCGUUUAUCCCUUGUUCGUUACGUCCUCCUGUUUACCCUUUUUUUUAUCCCUUUUCUCUUUCUUUUACAAUGUUUUCCUUUUUCUUUAUUUGUUCUCUUUCAUCGAAUAUUUUUUGUUUUCUUUUUUCCAGACAUUUUGCUUUUUCAGUUUCAUUUCCAUCGGAAUAUUUUUUUUCCUUUUCUUUUAAUUUGCUAUGCAACAAUAAGCUUUUUCCUUUUCCUUUUUUCUCCAGUCGGCUUAGACAUUUGCUUUUACUGUUUACAAUUCGGUUUUGGUUUUUUCUUUAUCUGUUUUUUGAAAAGAGAAGACAUUUUUUAUCCCUUUUCUCAUUUUCUCCAGUCGGAAAACAAUGUUUUCCCUUUUUCUCUUUAUCAAUUGGUUCUUGGUUGCAUCGGAAUAUUUUCCUUUUUUCCUUUAUCCCUGUUACUUUCAGGUCCACAUUUGUUUUCAGUUUUCAUUUUCUCCAGUUGUUCUCUUUCUUACAAUUUUAUCCUUUUCUCCUGUUUAUCCCUUGUUCUUGGUUGCAUCAAAUAUAUUUUUCCUUUUCUUUUAAUACUUUACUGCAGACAUUUGUUUUCAGUUUCCAUUUUCUCCAGUCGUUUGGAAAGGAACACAGUUUAUCCCCUUUCUCCUGUUUCAAUUCGGUUCUUGGUUACUUUUAUCCCUUGUUCUCCUGUUUACUGCAACAAUGUUUUGGUUUCCUUUAUUUUUCCUUUUCUUACUUGUUCCUUUCAAGGCGAACAUUUUUCUUUAUCCCUUGUUCAUUUUCUACGUGAAAACAAUACAGUUUUCCCUUUUCUCCUUUUUAUCCCUUGUUCUCUUUUUUACUGCAACCAGAAGGCAGACAUUUUUUCUUUUCUUUAUCCCUUUUCUUUCUUUUUUGCAAAUAAUAAGUUUUUUCCUUUAUCCUGCAAUGUUUUCCUUUUCCUUUAUCCCUUUCUUCUUUCUUACUGUGUCUUUCCCCUUUUUCCUUUAUCCAUGUUCUCUUUCUUACUGCAACAAUGUUUUCCUUUUCCUUUAUCCCUUGUUCUCUUUCUUAAUGUUUCCUUUUUCCUUUUUCCUUUUUCCUUUAUCCCUUGUUUUCCUUUUCCUUUAUCCCUAUUCUCUCUACGUCUAAUGUUUUCCCUUUUUCCUUUUAUCCUGCAACAAUGUUUUCUCUUUCUUUUAUCCCUUGUUCUCUUUUUCCAACAAUGUUUUUCCUUUUCCUUUAUCCCUUUCUUUCUUACUGCAACAAUGUUUUCCCUUUUUCCUUUAUCCCUUGUUCUUUCUUUUCUUACUGCCUUGUUUUCCUUUUUCCUUUAUCCCUUUUUCUCUUUCUAA